AAAUGGCAAUUUUGUGAAUAAUUCAAAAACAUAAGGAUAGUAUGGAAAUUUUAUUGAUGAAUAGUAUGGACAAAAAAAAAAGGGUUGGUUUUGGAUUUGACUUGAAAAUAUGGGUGGUUUUGUAAAGAACAACAAGAAUUAAGAUAGAGAAAUUUAAUGCAUAUUUACAACUUUAAUACAUAACUAUUGUAUAAUACCCAUAUAUCUGACCCCAUAUAUCUCUAUAUAAUUACCGUGUGUAAGCUGCAAACUUUGUAGCUAUCAGAAUCUCAGUGGCCAUCAUUAUGCAAACAACAAGGAAUCUCUUGUCAGAACUAGCAUCAGAAUCUCAGUGGCCAUCAUUGUCGGCAUCCCACUCUUCUCAACGUCAACAUCUGAUUGCAUCUUCAAGCACUUUGAAAUCUCCAUCUCUCAAAGGGAAUGUUGCUCCUGCUGUAUAGCCCCUCUCUGUUCAAAAACUCUGUGGAGCAAAUAAACGAGUAUCCAUGGGCCGCAAAAAUGGAUAAGACUAAGAGACCUUCACCAAGUUACAACACCUGUGUUUCUUGAGGAUGGAACUCCUAAGGUACGUAUACCUCGUCAAUUGCUUCUAGAAGGACUGGAGAAUCAGAAAAAAUAUUAUUUUACUGAUAUUUGAAAGUAUUCUUUAAAAAUAAUCAAAUGAUUAUUAGCAAUAUCGUGGAAAACGUAAGGUUUAAUGAACAUGCAUGUUAUGUCAAAGAUUUUAUUAUCUGGUCUUAUAAAAUUGUACUGGAAACAUCAAACUGAAACCACAUGUCUCAUUGGGAAGCUAACUUGUCGGUACGGCAUGGGCCAUAAAAUAAACGAUUUGCUCAAAUCACAACUCGAUCUGUCUAAAAGUCAAAGAACAUCUUGACCAAAACUACCCUUGGUCAAGCAAAAAAUUUAAGGGUAGUUUAGUCUUGGUGUACACAAUUUAAGUAGUUGGUCGUGAGGAACCCCGUUUCCACUCGAGUCUUUGGAGAGCUUCUGUAUCUGAAAGCAAAGCGGUGGAAAGAUCCCAAAGGAGAAAUGGCUUCAGACAAGGUCUUUACUUUCGAUGAAGUUUCACAGCACAACAAACGCGAUGAUUGUUGGCUUAUUAUCUCGGGCAAAGUGUAUGAUGUGACCCCAUUCAUGGAUGUUCAUCCUGGAGGCGAUGAUGUCUUGUUUGCCGUAGCAGGGAAAGAUGCUACUAUUGACUUUGAAGACGUUGGUCACAGCGAGGACGCAAGAGAACUUAUGAAGGAGUACUACAUUGGUGGGAUCGACUCGUCUACUACUGUUCCAGCUGCAAGGACAUACGUUGCACCGGUGCAACCCACUUUCAACCAAGACAAGACACCACGAUUCAUCAUCAAGAUUCUUCAGUUCCUUCUUCCAAUCUUGAUCUUGGGUCUCGCUCUCUUUGUCCGUCAAUAUACCAAGAAAGAGUAGAAGCAAAGGCUUUGCAUAACUCUUUCUGAGUUAUCUUUACUUUUGUUUUCGCCUAAACUUCAUCUGUCCCCUUAAAGGGUGGGCGAUUCUUAUUGAAACUACUACGAAUAAAUAAUCAAUGUGUUGCUGGUCUUGUCAUAGUUUAUCAUCAUCUGGUUUGUUGUCAUUGCUGAUUGUGAUGUCUUGUUCUUUUCAUUAGUACUACAAUAAACAUGCAAAAAUAUAUACGUCAAAGAAAACUCAGACAUAACAGACCUUAUAAUUCUUCUCUUCUUCUUUUUUGACAUCAUCAACCUUAUUAAAUUAAAUGUCAACGUUUUUGCAUAUAUUUUUUUUUGCCAAAUGUCAAUAACCGUUACUAUCAAUAAACAAAGCAUUUUCAGGUAUUAGUAGGAACAUUCAAUUCGUAUUUUAAACGUACAUUUCGUUUAUUUCUGUAUUGAAUAUCGGCUAAGUUAGAUGUGUUUGAUUUUCAAUAGAUUCGAUUCAAAACGUCAAAAUCCUAAUGAAGACUAAACUAGUCAUUUAUAUAAUCGUUCAAUCUAACGACACUUGAUUUUUGAAUUGCGUUUAGACUUAGUUCUGCCUUCUCUGCCGUGUAUUAAGAAAUAUAAAACUGAGCACAUGAUUCCAACUUUCUUGGUCAUCCAACGCUUGUAGUCAUCUGUCAUAUCGUUUCGACAUGAUGGUCGGUCGGAAAACUUUGGAGGCUUCCUAUUCCCUUCGUUAAAAAGAUUUAUUCUGAAACUAAACCAAACUAAACCGAGUGGACGUGACCGGUCUCAAAUUUUGGCUUGAUAAAAAUUAUCACUGCAAUACCACGAAAUUCAACCGUGAUAUAUUAUUUGCAAUUUUCGAACCAAUAUCUAUUGAACCAACUCUGGUUCGAAUUUUUUCUAAACCAAAUAGUAUGAUAAGAUAUUAAGAUGAACCGGAUAAGAAGCAAACCAAAAAGUAUCCCACAAACUAAGUAAGCAACAUGUGUCUUCUAGUUGUUGGAGAUAUGAUGUAUCGGCGCCAAUAAUGGCACCUGAGAGAAGGCGACAAACACACAUUUUUGUCAUUUGUGCUGACGCGCUAGCGACAUGACAUCCCAGGUUAUGCUGACGUGUAUAUUACAACGCUUUGAUGUAUAAAGUUCCUGGGGCCAUGUUUUCAUCUAGAUCGAAAUUUGACCCAAAAAAAAAAAAAAAAAAAGAAAAGUAAUUUGGUAAAACUUUUCCAGCACAGUAAUUUUUACCACGUCAAUUCCAGCUCAUCAAUCAAUAAAACAGACGCAUAAAACAAAAUUAAACAGGAGAAAAAGGCUUAGCGGUGUGCGCGUUAAGCAAAACCCUAAACCAGUGUGUAAUAAUAUAUAUACCCUUAUAUCUCUCUCUCUAAAAAUCCUCCCUACCUUUUAUCCCUCAUAAACAUAUAUGCAUAGACUGUCAUGAGCAACAUCCCCAGAUCUCUCACCGACUCAUCACUCUCUAUAUUCCUUCUCAUUAUUUCUUCUGCCGUCGAUCCUUGGCCCUUUUCUAGUGGUUUCUUCUAACAUGAGCAAGCAGAUGGUGUUCAAUUUUCAUUUUCAUGUUCCGCAUCUCCACAUACUCCAUCAUCAUAACCAUGUUCCAAAAGGCUGUGUCGCGAUCAUGGUGGGACGCGAAGGAGAUGAAGAAGGGUUUCACAGAUUCGUGGUUCCGUUGAUGUUCUUGAGCCAUCCUUUGUUUGCUAGUCUCUUGAAUGAAGCUGAAGAAGAGUACGGAUUCAAACACGCAGGUCCGAUUACGAUUCCUUGCCGUGUCGAUGAGUUUAAGCAUGUUCAGGAAAUUAUCGACCAGGAGACUCAUCGCCGUCACAGUCACGGUAACGGACACAACCACCACCACAAUAACCAUCUGCGAUGUUUCUGAAGAUAUGUAAUUGGAUUUGUUGGUUUGGUUUGACAUGCGAUUGGUAUUGAUUUGACUUUUCUUCUGAAAUUGGUUUGGUUUGCUUAAUUUUCGGUUUUAGUUAGUGAUGAUGAUGAAAAAGAAUAGAGUAAUUGAAUACAAUGAAUAAUGAUUCUCAUCUCUUACGAGGAAUAUGGAAUUUCAAUUUUGUAAUGGGAAUGCCAUAUUAUUUGAACUUUAUUUUAUAAAGAAAUGUGUACACUUUUUAAUUA